AAGGAUUUUCAUUUAUAAAUAAUAUAGAGAUAAUUACAAUAAAUGAUGAUAGCAAUAAAGAAUAUAAUCUUGAAUCCAACAAUUCAAAUGAAACCGAUUUUGAAUCUAACAAUUCAAAUAAAAGUGAUCUCAAUUCAAAUGAAGAUCGAAUGAUUAUAUCAU